AUGCCCAAGGGAGGAAAGAAUCGCAGACGUGGAAAGAACGAGAACGACGACGAUAAGCGAGAACUUGUUUUCCGUGAGGAUGGUCAGGAAUAUGCGCAGGUGACAAAAAUGCUUGGUAAUGGGCGAUUGGAGGCACAGUGCUUCGACGGGGAGAAGCGAUUAGCACAUAUUCGGGGGAAGAUGCGGAAGAAGGUUUGGAUCAAUCAAGGAGAUAUCGUGCUGCUGUCUCUCCGAGAAUUCCAAGAUGACAAGGCAGACGUUAUUGUGAAAUAUACCGCCGAUGAAGCGCGGAACCUGAAAGCUUAUGGUGAACUGCCUGAGAAUGCCAAAAUCAAUGAGACCGACACCUUCCCUGAGGAAGAUGGCGAGUGUACGUUCGAGUUUGGAGACGAAGGGGAAGUGGAUAUCGACGAUAUCUAA